UCAGAGCUGGGAGGGGCCCUGGUGAUUGCCCCAGGACCUCUUCUACUCUGGGAAUGCAGAGCCACUCAGGGCUGGCCUGGCUUGUGUCCCCCAGCCAUACCCUGCAUCCCACCCUAUCCAGACUGAGCACUACGGAGGGGCAGUUCCAGAUAAUGGUGCCACCUGAACUGGGACUCAGGUGUCGUCCUGCCAGCUCAGCUAUGUGACAGUCUCUGAGCACAACUUCUGGGUGCCUGAUAAUAGCACCCAGAGCCACAAGUGCCCUGAGCUGUCGCCAUGGCCGGCCUGAGCCCCUCACAGGUCCAGAAGGUAGGAGCCUGCAGGGUUGGGGCUGAGAGGGUCAGGAGGCUCAGAACAAGAGGACUAGAGGCAAAUCAGAAUAAGCCACUUGCUGUGACCCACCCCUCUGCACUUAGGUUCCAGCAGGAUGGAUUCCUGGUGCUGGAAGGAUUCUUGUCUGAGGAUGAGUGUGUGGCCAUGCAGCAGAGGAUUGGUGAGAUAGCGGCUGAGAUGGAUGUCCCUCUUCACUGUCGCACAGAAUUUUCCACCCAGGAAGAGGAGCAGCUUCAAGCCCAGGGCCGCACAGACUAUUUCUUGAGCAGUGGCGACAAGAUUCGAUUCUUCUUUGAGAAAGGCGUUUUUGACAAGAAAGGAAAUUUCCUGGUCCCUCCAGAGAAAUCCAUCAACAAAAUUGGCCAUGCGCUACAUGCUCACGACCCUGUCUUCAGGAGUGUCACACACUCCCCCAAGGCCUUGGCCAAAAGUCUGGGCCUCCAGAUGCCCGUGGUGGUACAGAGCAUGUACAUCUUUAAGCAACCUCACAUUGGCGGCGAAGUUUCCCCUCACCAGGAUGCCACCUUCCUGUACACGGAGCCACUGGGCCGGGUGCUGGGCAUAUGGUUUGCGCUGGAGGACGCCACGCUGGAGAACGGCUGUCUCUGGUUCAUCCCUGGCUCCCAUACCAGUGGUGUGCCCAGAAGGAUGGUCCGGGCCCCUGCUGACUCAGCACCUGGUACCAGUUUCCUUGGGUCUGAGCCUGUCCGGGAUGCCAGCCUCUUUGUGGCCACGCCUGUUCAGAGAGGGGCCCUGGUCCUAAUCCACGGAGAAGUGGUGCACAAGAGUGAGCAGAACCUCUCUGCCUGGUCGCGCCAUGUCUAUACGUUCCACCUCAUGGACGCUGCUGGCACUGUCUGGAGCCCAGAGAACUGGCUCCAGCCAACAGCUGAGCUGCCUUUCACCCCGCUGUACACCUAAAAGCCUCUCACAGGGCUCCGGCCCUGUCCACUCCCAAGUGAGGCUUCAGCUGUGAACACCAGCACCUUGCUUGGUCUCUGGGCUACAACAGGGAAGUCCUGUCUCCCAUCCUGGGCUCUCCUCCUGCUAGUGUCUACGCCCUCAGCCCUGCAGACAGCAGGCAACAGGGCAGCAGCCUGGGCUGGGUUGGCGGUUUCCCAAGAUUUUGUCUUUAUCUCCCCACUGCCCCAACACAGUCUCCUCCUCGAGGAGAUUUCACACAUGAAAGUGUUCUGGUCUCUUUUCACUCCUUUUUUCUCUCUGAUUGAACUCAGAUUAUUACGGUGUAAGAUACUGAAUAAAAAUGACUCCCGAA